CCGCUGCCGGUCGCCGUGCGGACGCGGGAGGCCAAAUGUGCAUAUAUCAUCAUCAUCAUGGCUGUGUACUGGUGCACUGAAGUGAUCCCACUGGCUGUUACCUCCCUCAUGCCUGUGGUAUUUUUCCCUCUGCUUGGAGUCCAGAGCUCUAAAUCCGUGUGCUUGCAGUACCUAAAUGACACAAACAUGCUCUUCGUUGGAGGGCUGAUUGUUGCAAUUUCGGUUGAACAGUGGAAUCUUCACAAAAGGAUUGCGCUGAGGGUCCUGCUGAUUCUUGGGGUGAAACCUGCACUCCUCAUGCUGGGAUUUAUGAUGGUCACUGCCUUCCUGUCCAUGUGGAUAAGUAACACAGCCACCACCGCUAUGAUGGUUCCCAUUGUCCAGGCUGUCCUGGAUCAAAUGGACAACACAGAGCACGAUGUGACCAUGAUGGAACAAGCAACUGGCCAAACAAAUACAGUGAUUGAGCUGGAGGAAAAGAAUGCAUCAGAUCCCACUUCAGUGCAUGUCAUAAGCAAUAGACAAGUCUCUGAUGACCCCAGAUCUUCUGAGGAAAAGAAAAUGAGGAAGCGUGUAUGUAAGGGAAUGACUCUUUGUGUAUGCUAUGCUGCCAGCAUUGGAGGAACUGCAACACUCACUGGAACAGGACCAAACAUGGUAUUGAAAGGCCAGAUGAAUCAGUUAUACCCCAACAAUAAUGAUAUUGUGAAUUUUGCUUCCUGGUUUGGGUUUGCAUUCCCAAACAUGAUUCUGAUGUUGGUACUAGCUUGGCUUUGGCUACAGUGCUCCUUCAUGGGACUCAACUUUAAAAAAAGCUGGGGCUGUGGGACAGAGAGAACUGCUAAAGAAAAAGCUGCGUACAACGUGCUGAAGGCAGAAAUGAAGAAAUUAGGCCCUAUCUCUUAUGCUGAAUUCAAUGUCCUCCUAAUGUUUGUUUUGCUGGUUCUCUUGUGGUUUUCCAGACACCCAGGCUUUGUAAAAGGCUGGGCCACCAGGCUCUUCCCAGAAGGAGAAAAGUAUAUCACUGAUUCUGCUCCUGCUGUGUUUAUUGCCCUGCUACUGUUUAUCCUCCCUGCUAAUAAACCCAAAUUCAUAGGCUGGAAUCCAAGCAUGUCUGACCCUGAACAGACUGAAGAAGAUAUAAAAAAGCCAUUUUUAUCAGCCCCGCUGCUAGACUGGAAUGUGGUUCAGAGGAAGAUGCCCUGGAGCAUUGUGCUGCUGCUGGGAGGAGGUUUUGCUUUGGCUGAUGCAAGCGCAAAUUCUGGGCUCUCAGCUUGGCUGGGUCAUCAAAUGACUCCACUAGCAUCUAUCCCACCGUGGGCCAUUGCAACAGUGCUUUCGCUUAUUAUAGCUGUCUUCACUGAAUGCACCAGUAACGUGGCCACAGCCACCCUCUUCCUGCCUGUCUUUUCAUCCAUGGCUGCAUCUGUCAAGAUCCAUCCUUUGUAUGUUAUGCUGCCUGGUACUCUCAGUGCCUCCUUUGCCUUCAUGCUACCUGUUGCAACACCGCCAAAUGCGAUAGUGUUUUCCUAUGGCCACAUCCGUGUUUUGGAUAUGGUUAGAUCUGGAAUAGUGAUGAACAUCAUUGGAGUCUUCUGUGUCACACUGGCCAUCAACACAUGGGGAAGACCUAUGUUUGAGCUGGACACAUUCCCAACCUGGGCAAACAGCACAACUAACCAGUGAACAGUGAAGACUUCACAUGUUAAACAAGGAAAGGACCCUUAAUACUACUCCCUGUUGCCCGAAGCCCUGUAUAGAGUCUCAUCACCACUUCAGAUCGAGCGUCAAGCGUUUGCUACCUUCUGGGAGUCACACAUCAGUUCAGGCAGGAACCAACUCAAAUUUAUUCCAGUCGUGCUGGAGCCAAAAGUGCUGUUUAAUUACACAACCCUAAGGAUCAUGCGUCUGGAUCAUAAGUAUGAUCAAGUGAUCCGUUGUACCUCCAAUCAAGGUUGAGAUUUACAAUUUAUCGAACUUUUAAAUAAAGAGAGGGCAGGCUGUUG